CCCGUGACGUCACGCGCGGGGCUCGGCGUUCCUCCGUGUCCGCCUGGUUCCCGCGGGGAUCGCCGAAUAAUCGCUAUCACGCACCCGCGCCGCCGGGCGCAAGGGUGCUCGUUCACUGCUCUGAUGGCUCUGCCACCUCCAGAUCCACAGUUUGUGCUCAGAGGUACCGGUGCUGCAGUCCACACCUUGCAUUUUUCCUGUGGAGGCCCAGAACCUGAUAUCCCUCUUCUUUUCUCUGGGUCUGAGAGCGGGUUUAUCCAUGUCUGGAACCUGAGAACACACAGAGUGGACACAGCAUUGGAUGGCCAUGGAAGAAAAUCUGUCUACUGCGUGGAGACAAUGGGUGGUAAAGACAGGCUUCUCAGUCAGGGGCGCGACCAGAGGAUCUGCUUGUGGGAUUUAGCAGAGGGACGGACUUCAGUGACGGAUUCUGUCUUCACGGAGCAUGUGGGAUUCUGCAGAUGCUCUCUGUUAAAGGUGGCACAGGGACGCUGGCUAAUGGCCAUGGCAGCCAGAAGCCUGGAGGAGGUUCAGAUUUUGGAGCUGCCAUCCAAGACGUCAGUCUGUACCUUGAAGCCAGAGGUGGGUGCCAAGCUGGGCAUGCCCAUGUGUCUGAAGUUAUGGCAGCUCAGCUGUGGUUCACAACCUGUGCUUCUGGCUGGCUAUGAAGAUGGAUCAGUUGUCCUCUGGAAUGUGUCAAUGGGAAAAGCGUUGAGCCAACUCAUUUGCCACCAGGAGCCAGUGAUGAGCCUUGACUUUGACUCGGAGAAGGCCAAGGGGAUCUCGGGCUCAUCUGAAAAGGUGCUUAGCAUCUGGAGCCUCAAUGAGCAACAGAACCUCCAGGUUUACAAAACACACGAACUUGUCAACGCUGGCAUAUCUGAUAUCACCAUCCGUCCAGACAAGAAGAUUUUGGCAACAGCAGGGUGGGAUCAUCGCAUCAGGAUCUUUGGCUGGAAAAAGCUGAAGCCCUUAGCAGUGCUGGACUAUCACACAGCAACCGUCCACUGCGUGUCCUUCUCAGAUCACAGCAACCCCCGGGAGAGACUGCUGGCAGCUGGCUCCAAAGAUCAGCGCAUCAGUGUCUGGUCCAUAUAUGCUCAGACGUGACACAUCCUGCACUGCCAAGGACUAGGAAAGCAGGACUGGUGAAGCAAUUCCUUGCACUGGAAUUCAAAUGUGCCUGUGGGGAAGGGGCAGAAUCUGUCUCCAGGCUGAAGUGAGAAUCCUAGCUUAAUUCUUAUAAACUAUAAGUUUUGUCUUCCAUAGAGGAAAGUGAAUUUUUAAAAUUCAUAACAAGGAGAACAAGGCCAGUCACAAACAAAGACCAAAGCUGCUUUGGGUUCUGUUACGGGUUUUGCAACACCUUUCCUUUGGCAGGUUGCUGACAUAACUUGUGCCAAUAUCUUUUGUAAAAAAGGACUGGAAUCCCUCAAACUUCAGUGGGGGCAGAAUAUAUCUGUUUGUAAGUCAUUUAUGUAUCCAAGAAUCUGAAUCAGUGUAAAACAUCACUCUUUCUUGAAAAUUUAUACCCAUUAAACCACCUCCAGUGGUUUCUCAUUGUCAGUUACUUUUUCUUCUCCUUAACUGAAAGGCUAUCAGAACACCCUUGAUUUGUUCACACUUCUGUCAGUUUCUAACUUAAACCAACAGCCAGGAAUGUGACUAGGGAUGGCCUUCGGCAUUUAUGAAUUUCAUUAUGUCUCCUGUCACCUCAAGCCUCACAAUUAAUCACAAGAAAGAAAGGGAAAAAAAUCUUCCCCAGCAUUGUGCUGCAAAGCUAUGUAAAGCCUUUUACAGAGCCAGUGCUAAAUCCUUUCCAUAGACUGAUGAGCUGAAGGAUUUAAACUCGGCAAUCCAAUUAGCGCCCUUCUCCUUGGAGAGUUAGGGCUAAGUUUCAGCGUGGCAAGUCUGGGAUUCAGCUGCACAACUCCCAUUAACAUUUAGGGGAAUGCCAUGGGUAAAUCCUUCUCCACACAGUGCAAAUGUUCCAUUAACUUGUCAUCUCUACAGUCAUGGAAGCUGAAAUUCAUUCAUUAAGUUUUUUUGUUUGACUCACAAAACAGCAUUUGCAUUCUUCUAAAGCGUGUUAGACACACACCAGUGUGCUGAGAGCCAGGAUACUGCUGGAUUGGUCACAAAGCUGCAGUGAUAAGUGUGUCCAGGCUGUGCACUGUUGAUAUUUUAUUGGAAAUAAUUGUUUCUGCUCCUUUAGAGAGGUGGAAAUCAGAGAAAAAGUGACCAAAAGUGAAUGGCAACAUCAAAGACUUUAGAAAUUAUUUCAGGAAAAACACACAUGCAAAUUAAAGUCUGAGUCUGUUAUCCAGCUGUGCCUUACAGACAGAAUAUUGCUGGACUGAAAGCCUUAAGCACCCAGCCUGAUAUUCUUUACAUUAAAACACAGAACCAAGAUACUGUUGCCAGGCUUUCCUAAAUAAAACGUGGCCUUACACAUUUUAGAGUGUGGUGACACUUUAAAUAAUGCAUUUCUUUGAUUAUUUCUUUACUAUUCAGUGGC